AUGGGGAGCGGCAGAGGAGGAAGCAGCAAGACUAAUAAUAAUGGGUCGGCUGCGGCGGCGACUGGGUCCGGGGUAGGGUUACAGUCGAUUCCGGCCGGUGCUCGGAAAGUAGUUCAGAGUUUAAAAGAAAUUGUCAACUGCCCUGAACCCGAGAUCUAUGCUAUGCUCAAAGAGUGUAAUAUGGACCCUAAUGAAGCUGUUAAUAGACUCCUCUCCCAAGAUCCUUUUCACGAGGUCAAGAGCAAAAGAGAAAAGAAAAAGGAGAAUAAAGAGGCUCCUGAAUCUAGGUCUCGUGGCAGUGGUGUUACUUCAAACCGUGGGAGGUCUGGGGCGGAUCGAUACGCUCCCCGUGGUGGUAGCACCCAGCAUGCUACUUCUGAAUCUGCAUCGCACGGUAGACCUUCGUACAAGAAGGAAAAUGGAUCUGUUUAUAGUUCUAGUUCACUACCAUCUUCUGGAGUAGCUGGAAAUAAUGCCAGCAGGAAGGCCCCACUUUACAGUGAUGCUGCUGCCAAUGAAGUCAAAGUGCCACCUAUGGUCUUGCCUGAUAAUGUAUCCUCUGCCUCACAAGCUUCUGGAUAUCAAUCUGCUUGGGGGGGAGUUCCUGGUCAAGUGUCCAUGGCUGACAUUGUGAAGAUGGGUAAGCCUCAAAGCAAAGCGCCAAGCGCCCCAAGUACAACUCACAAUGUUAAUCACCACCACUUUCAGGGGCCAUCUGCUCCAUAUCAAAGCUUGCAAUCCUCUGAAGAUCAUAUUUCAAAAGUUUCAGAGGGGCACCUUGACACCAGAGCAUCUGGCCAGCAUGUUUCUGUUGAUGAUGAAUGGCCUUCAAUUGAGCCACCAUCAGCUCCUGCUUCCUCUAUAUCCAAACCACACGUAGUGACUGAGAUGCUUCCAGAAUCGUCCACUGUUCCUUUUGAUACAGUAAAUAGAGUCUCUGGUUUAGAUGAGAGUCAGGCUGCUGAAGAAGGAACUAUUGAAGAUCAUGAUACAAACCAUGUUGGAGAUACUUCUGUAUCUGGUAGGAAGUUGCUGGAGGAUAAUGCUGAAGGUGAGUCUUUGUUUGAGAAUGAUUUGUACCGAAACAGAGGCUCCUUCCAACCUCAAGGUCAUGCAUUUGAUCGUCAUGGAGCAGAAAAUGCUAGUGCGUCGGUGUCCUCUGUGACUGCAAACUUGCAACAGUUAAAUUUGAAAAAGGAGGAUGUUGCGCUUCCACCUGAAAGAGAGGGCCCUUCUGUGGUAAUUCCUGACCAUUUGCAAGUCCAGUCUGCAGACUGCUCGCAUUUGAGCUUUGGUACCUUUGGAUCCAUUGCCAGUGCUGGUUUCUCUGGACCUUCGGCGUCUAUGCCUGUGAAAGCGAAUUUGGAGGAGGCUCCGCUGGAGGCAGAUGUUUCUUCUGUUGGACACACUGACACGAGAAACUCCGAGUAUUAUAGUGAAGAGCCUCAUAGAAAUGCCUCGGAAGGCAAUUUAUAUCAUAGAGCUAGUGCUGCUACUGGGAACUAUGAUCCAUCAUCUCCUUCGCAACCUGAGACUCUGAAAGCUGAAAACCUUGAGGUUGAUCGUGGAAAUCAAUAUGCAUUCACUUCAUCUACACCUAACUAUGCAUUUGAAAAUCCUCAGCAAUUGAAUAUUGGAUUUAGUGAAUCUCAGACGAGCUCCCAGAUACAAAACCUUUCCCCCUUCUCAAAUAAUUUGCCGGCAUAUACAAAUUCUUUGCCGAACUCAUUGCUGGCAGCGAAUCUUCCUCCUGGAAGGGAAUCUGAUAUUCCAUACUCACCAUUUCCGGCGACACAGUCGAUGGCAACUAAGUAUGGGAACAUUGCUUCAUCCAUUGGGGGCCCAUCAAUCUCCAUGAAUGAGUUUCUUCCACUGUCUUCCUUCUUUCCUACCGCACAUACUAUAUCAGGAAAUAAUCUUGCCACUGGGCCUGCUCUUCCUCCACAUUUGGCUGCAUCUCCAUAUUCUCAACCUACCCUUCCAUUAGGACCUUUUACCAACAUGAUUGGCUAUCCAUUCUUGCCUCAGAGCUACACAUAUGUGCCCUCUGCUUUCCAACAAGCAUCAUAUCAUCAAUCUCUUGCAGCCAUGCUCCCACAAUACAAGAACAGUGUAUCUGUUAGCAGUUUACCUCAGUCAGCACCUGUUGCAUCUGGAUAUGGUUCCUUUGGGAAUUCAACUACAAUUCCUGGAAAUUUCCAAAUGAAUCCAGCUGCCGCGCCUUCUGCAUCAAGCCUAGGCUAUGAAGAUGUGUUGAAUGCUCAAUACAAGGAUAAUAGUCACCUGAUCUCUCUUCAGCAGCAGAAUGACAACUCUGGUAUGUGGCUUCACGGAGCUGGUUCUAGAACAAUGUCAGGUGUUCCAGCCAACACAUAUUAUAACUUUCAGGGGGGACAAAGCCAGCAACCUAGUGGAUUUAGACAGGCUCAGCAGCCAUCACAAAAUUAUGGUGCUCUGGGUUACCCAAACUUCUACCAUUCUCAGACUGGGAUAUCUCUAGACCACCAACAGCAGAACCCAAGGGAUGGGUCGCUUGGUGGGUCUCAAGGGCAACCCAAGCCUUCUCAACAGUUAUGGCAAAACAACUACUAA